GUAAAGACACAAGACACCCCUCCCCCACUCUGAUCUCCCUUACUUAAACUUAAUCAAAUGCCCAAGUACGUACAUAACUUUCGAAACUUAAACUUUACAAAGUCAAUCCUAAGUUACUUGGAAACGAUUCACAUCGGGCCACCGAAGCUUCCUAUUUUAUGAAGUUAUGAAGAAAUCGUGAAAAGAAAUAUUGAAUACAUAAGUUACAUGCAACCUCCGUAAACCACACUCUGCUUAACCUCGGGAGUUCAACUGAGAUACCGAAUUACGACCUCGCUUCACCAUCAUCACCCAAUACCGCCCAUAUCUCGGCAUAUCCGUCCAACUACACUAACCUAGAUACCUACCCAUUCACCCGCAAUACAUCCCUUCCAUCACCACCUCGGCAUGGCAUCAUCCAAAUACACCACCGACCCCACGCCACCGCAGCGCCCUCGGUUCCACCUCGUGUUCCGCGUCGUAAGCGACGGCCUCGACACACCCUCGGCCCAAGCCCUAACCCAGCGCGGCUCCCACGCCCACGGCGGCGCCUUCCCGCUCUUCCCCUCCUUACCCGCCGAGCUGCGCCUCAAGAUCUGGAAGUACCUGCUAGCGCCGCGCAUCGUCGCGGCCGCGUGUCUCGACGCCGAGGCCCCGCCGCCCGACGAGGAGCCCGAGGAGCCCGAGGAGCCGUGGGCCAGCUUCCCGGACCUCUUCACCCACGACAGCUUCUACAUGUCCUUCACCUCGACCUCGCCCUUUAUUACUGCUGCGCCCGUGCAGCAGGACCCCGUCCUCCUGCGCGUCAACCGCGAGACCCGCGCCCUCGCGCUGAACCACUACGCCCCCGCCUUCGGCUGGAAGAUCCCGCAUGUCCUCUUGAACGGGUCUCCCUCCUCCACAUCAACGUCAACGUCAGCGGUAGAGCAGCGCUGGUCCCAGCCGCCCCGCACCUGGUUCAACUACGCCCUCGACACGCUGUACCUCGUCGGCGAGCUCGAGCCCUGCGACAGCUACGGCUUCAACAGCCCCAUGGCGUACUUCCUCGACCGCGAGGAGGCGCGCCGCGUGCGCCGCCUCGCCGUCGCUUUCGCGGCCUUGGGCUACGGCGAGGCUGCGGGGCCGCAACAUAUCUUCGGUGCGCUCUUCCACGUCGCGGAUCGAUUUCCUGCGGUCGAGGGGGGCAAGGUGUGGGUUGCGGUUACGCCGAGGGAUGAGAUGACGCAUGUGUUGAUGGGCGGGGAGGGGUCGUUGAUGGGCGGGAAGGGGUCGCUGUUUGGGCUGCGGCGGAGACGGGUAGAAUAUGAGAUAGAUGGAGGAGGAGAAAUUGGCGAGGGGGUAUGGGUAGGGGCAGGGGCAGAGAGGGAGGAGGAGCAGGAUGAGGAUGAGGGAGAGGGGGGGCAAGGGGGGAAGGAGAGGGAGGAAGAGUUGAAUUUUGUGCAGAAGAUCUGGAGGGAUUGGUAUAGAGGCGGGAUCGUCAUGUCGUCGUUGGCGAGCUUGCAGUUUGAGAUGGUGAGGGAAUCGGAGCUGUCGGAACACCUUGCGAAGCUUCCUAUGCCGUCUGCUUCAGCUGGUUCUAAACAGAGGCAGUGCUAAGUAGGUUGGUAGGUAUGUAGCAUGCGACGGGAGCAGGUGUGCUUACUUCAACAUUAUGCAGGAUAUAGGUACACUAGGUAGAAUAUCAUCUAUGGUGU